CUUAUUUAAUGGAAACUUGCUUUUAGAAUCGCCACAGUAUUCCGGGCAACUUGGCGGUGCUUGUAUCUGGUGCCGUUAAACUACUACAUCAAAAAUACCCUCUACGACUCAAGUGCAUUUGAACCAAAAAGCAUUUUCCAAAAAAUAAAAUGGCCAACUUUUUGUGCUUCGUGAUCCUUUCGUUGUCUUUGUGCGCCAGUGUGGUGGUGGCUCGACCAGGAUACGCCUUGGACUACUAUGAUCAUCCAAAAUACGCCUUCAACUACGGCGUGGCGGACCAUACCACUGGAGACGUGAAGUCGCAGCACGAGACCCGCGACGGCGACGUGGUCAAGGGUCAGUACUCCCUGGUUGAGCCUGACGGCUCCAUUCGUACUGUGGACUACACAGCGGAUCCCAUCCACGGUUUCAACGCAGUGGUGACAAAGUCGGGACCCACUGUCCACGCCCAGGCUGUCGUGGCCAAGCCCAUUGUGGCCCACAAGCCCAUUCUGACCCAUUACGAGCCGCAGGUGGUGAAGCACGUGGCUCCAGCCCCUCUGGUUGUGGCUGCCUCCCCAGCACCAUACGUGGCCAAGCACUAUGCGCCGGCGGCAGCUGCUCCCAUCCACUACGACUACGACGACGGCUACUACAACCAGGCCCAGUACGAGUACAUUCCCCAGUACGACGCCGGCCACUACGGACACUAUGCGAGCCCCUAUGCGGGCCACUACUAGGGCCGGCCAGGACCAGGCGGAUGUUCUAGGCCUUUAAGCAACACUUAGUUCGUACUCUUCCAGGAAACUCGAUGGAUUCUCUCAGAGCUAGACCUGACUAGACCUGCCUAAAGAGGAUAGCUGCAAGUUUGUUCCAACUUAAGUUAUGUAAAAUAUAUCUGUACAAUAAAGUUUCGAAAACGACAAUCUGAA